AUGAAGCUGGACACGAGGGCGAUGCGCCACCUGGCCUCAGAAGACUGGAGGGUGCUCACCGCAGUGGAAAUGGGAAGCAGGAACCACGAGCUCGUGCCGACCGCUCUGAUCGAGAAGAUUGCCCGCCUGCGAGGCGGAGCCAGCAGCGUCCACAAAAGCAUAUCCGCUCUCGCCAAAGUCGACCUCAUCGCCAGAGUCAAGGAGGCGAAAUACGACGGGUAUCGGCUGACGUACGGAGGGCUCGACUACCUGGCGCUACAUACACAUGCGACUCGCAAGGACCUUUACAGUGUCGGCACUAGAAUCGGCGUCGGCAAGGAAAGCGACAUCAUGAUAGUGGCGGACGAAAAGGGCACUCAGAAAGUGCUCAAGAUCCACAGACUCGGGAGAAUUUCAUUCCGGACCGUCAAGUCGAAUCGCGAUUACCUCAAGAACCGUGCUUCCGGGUCCUGGAUGUACCUCUCAAGGCUGGCCGCCAUGAAAGAAUAUGCCUUCAUGAAAGCCCUUCAUGAGGAGGGCUUCCCGGUGCCGUCUCCUUUGGCCCAGUCACGGCAUACCAUUGUCAUGACCUUGGUGGACGCUUUCCCUCUCAGACAGAUCGCCACUGUUCCUGACCCAGCGUCUCUCUACGCCGAUUUAAUUGCGCUGAUUCUCCGCUUUGCCAGCCACGGCCUCAUUCAUGGCGAUUUCAACGAGUUCAAUAUUCUCAUUAAAGAGGAGAGAAUCACAUCUGACGAUGGCGUCGAGUCCAUCAAGUUGGAGCCGGUUGUCAUUGAUUUCCCCCAAAUGGUAUCUAUGGAACAUUUAAACGCCGAGAUGUAUUUUGACCGGGAUGUGGAAUGCAUAAAGCGAUUCUUCUCGCGACGAUUUCACUUCACCAGCACAACUCCGGGACCAUUCUUCAAAGAAGCCAAGAAAAAGCUCGCCAAAUGCGGCCUCAAAAGACUGGAUGCAUCUGUGGAAGCGUCAGGAUUUACGAAAAAGAUGUUGAAGGACUUGGAAGCUGCAAUCAAGGAACAAAUCGAGAAGCGAGAUACUAUUGGCUUCUCCGAAAAUGAUGAGGCCGAAUCUGACGACGACGACGACGACGACGACGACGACGACGACGACGACGACGAUGGUGACGGUGAUGAUGAAAUUGAUGAAUUAGAUAGCCUGGGGAAACAGGACUCAGGUGGAGAUGAGGAAGGCGACAGUCGAGUAUACGAAAGCCUUCUAGGUCAAGACGGGCUUGUUGCAAGUACACCUUUUUCUGGGGAAGCUGACGACGCUGCGCCUGAAGAAGUAUCAAACGCCAAGGUGGAAACGGUACCACCUCACCAGAGUAUGUCAAAGUUAGCCAUAUAA